AUGGCGACUGUGGCUCAGACGCUUCAAAGCUCGGGCCCGGCCGCGUCCCUGGAGGACCAGACGCUGCUCAUCUUUGCGCGGCUCAUGGAAGGCGGCCAGGAGGAUGAAGAGACCGUUAGAGACCUGGACGCGUUGACCAAGCUGCUCAAUGAUGAUGCCAAUGCCCAGCAGAAGAACAAGGAGCACAAGUCCAUCUGCAAGCUCAUCGAUAGCGAUUGCGUCGACACCAUCCUGUGCUAUCUGGACAUGCGCCAGCCCGAGAUUGUCCGCGGCCACGCUACUCUGACGACAUCGGCCUACCUGAGGGCUGCCGACGAGCAAGGCUCCAAGAAUUUGUCUGCUUUUUUCUUUGAUCGAGUCAAGAGAGGCACAUACGAUGACUACAUCGUGGCCUUUUGCGUUGCGGCGGCCAUCUUCCCCAUUGUUCCGGAUCUCUCCGCCGAGCUGUUUCUCAAUGAAGGUUUUCUCGUUUCACUGGGCCCCCUGAUGAGGAGGAAGUGGAAGAGCAGAAAGGUGGAGACUGCGUGCUUGGAGAUGCUCAACGCUUCUUGCAUGAACUCUGCGUGUCGAGAAGCCAUUCAAAAGUACUGCGUCGAGUGGCUCGAGGAGGUGGUUGACCAGGAUCUAGAUGGAGAGGUUCAGCACCUGGCUGCCGUCAUUUUGGCCAAGCUUAGGGUCGUGCCGUCGAACCCGGCGACGAAGGAUCCAAAUCAACCUAGGAUCGAGACAGCGGUAACGAGCAUUGAAGAUUUAUCCGGCAUGUUUACCAAGAUGAUUUUGCGCGACGAGGAUCACGGAAGACAGCAUUCUAUAGAAGGCCUUGCCUAUGCAUCUCUUCAACCAAAGAUUAAGGAGUCAAUCAUUAACAACCCCGAACUACUAAAAAAACUCGUCAAAACCCUCAAGGACGCACCACCCCGAUCCCCAAUGACCUAUGGAGCUCUUAGCAUCUUUCUCAACCUAACCCGAUAUCGACCCUCUCUUACUGAAGAGGAGAAGAAGAUGUCGCAACUCAAGGCUUACGCGGACGCAGCUGGCAAGUUGGCCCCCCCAGACGCUCUAGAUGACGAUGAUCACGUCUCCAAGAGGUGCAAGGCUGUCUUUGAUGUCGGCCUCACUCCUGUUCUCGUUACACACAGCAAAAACGGAUCACCAGCAUCAAUAACUAUUAUUAUAUCCAUCAUUCACUCAUUCGCAAUGACAAAGGCGCUUCGUGGCCCCCUGGCUCAGCAGGGAGCCCUCACAAUUGCUCGCAUCCUCAUCAGCACCAAUCCUACUCUUGUAUUCGGUGGCAAUCGUUCCAGCUCAGCCAUUGCUGCUAUACGACCCCUAGCCUCUAUUCUCCCCCCUGAUCCCGCGGCUGACAGACGAGACUUGCUUCCAACCUUUGAGGGGCUCAUGGCACUUACCAACUUGGCUUCGAUGGAAGAUGAAGAGAUUCCUCGUUCCAUUAUAAGUAUCGCAUGGGGCCAGAUCGAGGAGCAGAUGCUGUCUUCCAACGACCGCGUGUCUCAAGCAGCAGUUGAGCUGGUUUGUAAUCUGAUGCAAGCACCAGAAGGCAUAGCGCUUUACGCAGAUGGCAAUCCACAAGCCAAGAACCGAAUCCACAUUCUCUUAGCAUUAGCAGACGCUGAAGAUGCAGGCACGCGCAGCGCAGCAGGUGGUGCUCUGGCUUCCUUGACAGGCUACGAGAGCGUGGCGAAGCUGGUACUGCAAAGAGAGGGGGGCAUCAAGGUCAUUCUCGGCAUGUGCAUAGAUGAAGAUGAGGGGCUGCGGCAUAGAGGCGUGGUUACGCUCUACAACAUGGUCGCAGGGGAUGUGGAAGUCUGCCAGCUCGCAAGGGAAAAGGUCAAGGAGGCGGAUGGAAUCGAGGCGCUGAAGGAAUCCCUCAAGUUGACUAGGAGGCCGGAGGUUCUGCAGCUUACGGUUGAGACUUUGAAGGCGCUUUUGGGACAGGAGUAG